AUGGCUUCUAACACGAAUUACACCCCCUCGACACCCACCAGUGAAGAUAACUCAGAACAAGAAGAGGCAGAAGAGCUCAACAGACAGACUCGAGACUCGGGAGUUGCAUAUACGCCUAUUCAGGAUUGGGACAGUGGGUUCCAGACUACGCCUGCUUCGAAUGCAAUCGAUGAUCCAUAUCCAUGGGCCACACCAAAGAGGAAAAAGAGAACUAGAGCUGCAUCCCACGAGCCGGUUCGAAAUUCCACCUGGGCAGAUUCUCAUCGACGAGCAAGGUCGGAGACAGAGUUGACGACGUCGGAUAACUUUGUGCCUUCGUCUCGAGAUAGCUUAAGUGAUGUUGAUAUUACACGUCUCAAUUCGCCAUUUGAGGAAGAGAGGGAUGCUCUUCUCCGUAUGCCAUUCUAUGAUGGGACGAUGGGUUUACUGGGGAUUUUGGGAUGCUAUGCUGAGAGCAUCUCCACGUCGUCGUCGUCGUCGGAAGGGGAUGAAGACUCAACACCUUUGCAAGUUUUGAAUCCUCAACCUAUUGAGUUGGCCCUUGUUCCAAAUACAUCGGGUCCCUCAAGAACUCAAGAUCACUUGAUGUCUAGUGGAAUGGGACUCAAAGAUAUAAUUGAUCCAUCUCACCAGUGUGCCAACGAUACAUCAUGCGUUGAUAACUUGAUCGGUUCAUCGGAGAUUCGGGAACAAGCCGAGAGGCUCUAUAACCGCAUGCCCGAUCCUCGAAAAUCAAGCACCGAACAAAAACAAUUAAUCCAGACGCCAAAAAGUCAACUCGAGGAACAGAAGGACACGAGAACAGAGGAAGCAGUCGGACAUUCGAGACAUUAUUCUUUUGAAAGUGGGUACGUUUCUGGCACAUCUUACAAGGAUUGGAAGACAUCUCUAGAACUAGCAUCUCCAGGCCCAGACAAUUCUCAGACGUUACCGCCUACAUCAAUCCUGAAAUGUGUCGGUGAAUCAUCAUCGAUUGGAGCAAAAAGUGAUGGUGUGCAUAUCAGAUGGAUUGAUGGUUAUGUAGAGCAGGCCACACCUCCAAAUGUCCGAAAUCUUUCACAAUCAAUGGCUCCUCUUCCCUUUCGCCAUAAAUCGAACUCAGUUGAUAUAUCGGAUUACGUCAAUUCUUAUAACCCAUUCCUUACCGUUGGAAUGGCCUUGGAAGAUACGAGGACGUAUGGCGAUGCGGCUGUCUCUUCUAAUGAAUCUGCCGCAACCACUGCACCGCCCCCAAGUGAUGUUGGGGAGCCACUUGCACGUGUUGAGGACAACUUUAACAGUUUAGGUUCUCCGGGUAUGAUUAACAGAGAGAAUAGCAGCUCUUACCAAAGUGCACGAUCUUCCAUUGAAAUGACAGUCCUACAACCUCGAGUGGCUGCCCAAGAACAUAUCGAAAGCUUGGAAUCUGCAUUCAAUGUUUCAAGAGAUGAUGGUGCAUCCCAUGCACGAUCUGUCACUAUAAUCGCAGUCCAACAAACUCGAGUGGUUGCCCAAGAACAUAACGAAAGCAUAGGAUCUGCAUUCGAUGUUCCAAGAGUUGAUGGUGCAGAGCCAGCUCCGGCAUGUGAUCAGAACAUUCGUCAUGACUCAUCCUUUCCUAAUACUCCUGUGGGACGUGUUGAGCCUGAGCAGCAUAUCCCAUCAACCGAGAAUACUCCCGUGGAACAUAUCGUGUCCCAGCAAAAUAUCCCAUCCAUCGUUAUUCACCCCCCCUUGGGGAUGGCUAAGGGGCCCGUUCUACCAUAUGUUAUUUAUCCCUCCGUGAAGGUUACCCCGCCCGGGGAAGAAGCACCAUCUAGCUCUAGCUCUAGCAAUCGGGUGACUUCACAAGCUUCAGUAGGAGGUCCGACUAGAUCACGUAGUCAAGGGGCAAGACAUGUACGCAUGAGUAAUAUAGAUGCUUAUUUUUCACGGAUGCAACUUGAUCAUAGGUUAAGUGCAUUGGCCCGGGCUCAAGAACAGAGAGAUGGGACUAGUAGCACUACACCUGCACCUGCGACUGAAAGUCCUGCUACAUUUGCAACUGGGAGUGGUGACACUACACGUGCAACUAGGAGUGGUAACGCUCCACGUGGAGCAACUGUUCAUCUUGGACUUAUGGAUACCAGCCAGCUAGGUAGAACUGGCCCCGUUCCAGCUAGGACUAACAACUCUACAAUUGGGACUGGCGUCCCUAUUGGCUGCCUACCAGUUGGGACUGGCAACUAUAGAGGAUUUAGGACUAAUAACUCUACAGUUGGGAGUGACAACCCUUCAGUUGGGACUAGUAGCUCUACAGCUAGGACUGGCAGAUCUAUAUUUAGGCCUUGGAACUGGCGAAAAGAUGGAACUAAUAACUCUACAGUUGGAACUGACAACUCUCCAGUUGUGAGUAGCAACCUUCCAACUGGGACUAGCAACUCUCCAAUUGCGAGUAUCAAUCUUCCAAUUGGGACUAGCAACUCUCCAAUUGGGACUAGCAACCCUCCAGUUGCGAGUAGCAAUCUUCCAAUCGGGACUAGUAACCUUCCAACCGGGACUAGUAACCUUCCAAUUGGGACUAGCAACCCUCCAGCUGCGAGUAGCAACCGUUCAGUGAGGGCUAGCAGCCCUACAGCUAAGACUAAUAACUCUACAGUUGGGGCUGGCAACUCUAUAUUUGGGACUAAUAGUUCCAUAUUUGGGCCUGAUGAUUCUAUAAUUGGGGCUGGCAACUCUAGAGGAGUUAGGACUAAUGACUCUCCAAUUGGGACCAGUGAUUCUACAGCUGGGAGUGGCAACCCUUCAGUUGGGACUAGCAACCCUCCAAUUGGGACUAACAACCCUCCAAUUGCGAGUAUCAACCUUCCAACUGGGACUGGCAACCCUCCAGCUGGGACUAGCAACCAUAAAAGUAGGCUUGCUCCUGCCGUUGGCAACGUUAGCCCUAGUCCGAGCUUACGGAACCGAAUCGCGCCAUUCCUAAAUCAAGAUCUACCCCAAACACUGGCACCGGCAAACGCGGACGAUGCCGACAAAGAUUCGACGACAUCGCAAACCGACAGACCAGCUCCUCAGACGCAGAUGUCCUACGAAUCUGCUGCCAAUGCGAAUGAUACUGCGUCCCAUGAUGCUGGGUGCUGUCUCGAUCGUGGCUUGCAAUGCUGCACAUUGCCGAAAUGUCGAACAUGCAGUUGUAUCGUCAUGAUGACCAAGCGACUUCCUUCUCCACCUCCAGGACUCGACAUCUGGGUUGAUGGUGUGUCCAACCGGAAGACACUGGAAAUGUUAGGAUACAUGCCGGACGACGACGAGAUGACUAUGGCGAUGGAAAGCUCAAGUAAAGGAUCAUUUCGACCCCAGGUCUCGACAGAUACCGUGGUGAAUUGCCUGCUUAAGACAUCGCCAAGCAGUGUUCAUCUCAGUGUCAAUGGUGGAAAGCGAUCUAGCCAGGUCGCAGAUAACUCCGAAGACUAUGCCUUCGUUCGGAGAGUUGCUGGCGCUGGCACUGGUGAUAGGUAUUGGGUUUUGGAUAUUGAGGAUGUGCACUGCGUCACUUGUUGUAACACAAUAAGGAAUCAGAGACGGAGGGAUUUCGAUACGGCUACUAGGCUGAAGAGUAGGGCCAAAGGCGCUUGGAGACAUCAACAUUGUAUGAAUUCAUACUGCCAUGCGGCUUGUGAACAUGAACGUCGGGUAAGUUGUUUUGUCACCCUUUUAGACGAGGAAGAUCUAACAUUGUAUAUCCAGCCACAUCAUGUCCUCUCCCGUUUAGGUCUCGAAACCACACACAAGAUCAAAUACGUCCGAUUGACCAGUACCUCUCCAUGCAUGGACCCCGAUAUCCUCGCAUCGGUCAUCACGGUAUUGAAGCCAUUUUUGGGCCAGCUUGAAGGACUAGAAGUCAAUAUUGCUUCUUCGAGCCCCUCUGACGGAUCAAAGAAUUCUCGAAAAACUCUAUCAAGACAAGAAGCUCGGCGUUUUGUUUGUUGUUUUGUGGAGUUGGAGAAAAUGCUGGUAGGAGGGGCGAGGUUGAAGAUUGGUGGGUUGGAGGGUCUUGACGAGUUGGUUAAUAUGUGGUGGGAUGUUAGGAGGAAGUGGUGGAUGGGUGUGCAGGGUGUGUAG